ACGCCAGUGCGCCGUUUACCGUACGUGCGUGCGUGCGUGCGCGCGCGGGCGCAGAUCGCCAUGGAGGCCUCGGCGGGCGGCGGGGCCGGCGGCGGCGGCGCGACCGGCAAACGCUGGUACUUCACCCGCGAGCAGCUGGACCGCAGCCCCUCCCGCCGCGCCGGGCUCGACCCCGACAAGGAGCUUUCGUACCGGCAGCAGGCGGCCAACCUGCUACAGGACAUGGGGCAGCGCCUCAACGUGUCCCAGCUCACCAUCAACACGGCCAUCGUGUACAUGCACCGGUUCUACAUGGUGCAGUCCUUCACGCAGUUCCACAGAAACUCGGUGGUACCAGCAGCUCUGUUCUUGGCGGCCAAGGUGGAGGAGCAGCCUCAUAAACUGGAGCAUGUAAUCAAGGUAGCACAUGCUUGUCUGCAUCCCCAGGAACCUCCCCUAGACACCAAGAGCGAGGCUUACCUGCAACAAGCCCAAGACCUGGUCAUUCUAGAGAGCAUAAUACUGCAGACCCUGGGUUUCGAGAUCACCAUCGACCACCCGCACACCCACGUGGUGAAGUGCACGCAGCUCGUGCGAGCCAGCAAGGACUUGGCGCAAACUUCCUAUUUCAUGGCUACCAACAGCCUGCACCUGACCACCUUCAGCCUGCAGUACACCCCUCCCGUCGUGGCCUGCGUCUGCAUCCACCUGGCUUGUAAAUGGUCCAACUGGGAGAUCCCGGUCUCCACGGAUGGGAAGCACUGGUGGGAAUACGUCGAUGGCACUGUGACUCUGGAGCUCUUAGAUGGUGAGUUUGGGACUAGUUUUAUUUCCCCUAAAAAGCUCUUAACGUUAUUUUGGUUUCCAGCACUGCAGCAGCCUCUGUGGUACCACAGAGAUGCCCAAAAGCACAGUGAGAUGAGUUUAAAUGUGAUCAGUGAUAUAAAUCCUCAGGAUUUCCCCUCCUGGAGCGGCCCCAUCUCGUUAGUAGCCCCGCUCGUCAAACUGACUCAUGAAUUCCUGCAGAUCCUUGAGAAAACCCCCAAUCGGCUUAAACGCAUCCGGAACUGGCGGGCCUCUCAAGCAGCCAGGAAGUCGAAAGCUGACGACCACGGUGAAGAUAAGAGCCUGUCAGAGCAGACAAUCCUCAACAUGAUUUCCAGGAACAAUAGUUCGGAUAUGAACAUCGCUGGGUUAAUGAGCAUGUCAACAUCCUCGACUGCCGGAGCGGGGCCUUCUGCGCCGGCCACAACCGACUCGCCCAGCGACCAGAGCGCUGCGGACACGUCCCAGUCUGAGCACUGGUUGUCCCAGCAUCCUCCCCCCAAGCUGGAGACCGGCCAGAGCCACAGGACUAACGAAAGCUCGUCGGCUGCCGAGCACCCGUUACAGCAAGAUGGCGCUGGUUAUCAGAAGCAGAGCGGCAAGAACGCUCCCUCGGCCAAAGUCUCGCUCAAGGAGUACAGGGCCAAGCACGCCGAGGAGCUGGCGGCGCAGAAACGGCAGCUGGAGAACAUGGAGGCCAACGUGCGCUCGCAGUACGCCUACGCCGCGCAGAACCUGCUGGUGCAGCAGCAGCGGGAGAGAGAAGUCCAACAGGACGGCAACCCCUCUCCCGUCGUCCUGAAAAUCCCCAUGGGCGGCUCGGAGAACCCCGAGCGGCCUCCCGGCCCUGAGAAAGGCGACAAAGCAUCGGCGCUGAAGCUGAGGAUCCCGGUGGCGAGUGGAGGUGGGGACAGGCCGCUCCCCUCCAAGCAGGAGGAGAUCAAAAUGCGGAUCAAGGUGCCGACGGCUGCGGACAGACACGGCUCCUCGGACGAGUGCGGCCUCAAGAACCGGGAGCACAAGGAGAAACACAAGGGCCACUCUUCCAACCACCACCACCACCACCACAACCACCACUCGCACAAACACUUACACCCCCAGCUCGGCGCCGGUCCCAGCAGCGUCACCAACAAGCGACCGGGAGACUCUAAACACGGCAGCCAGCCCGGCGCCGCCCCCCACAAAACCUACGGCCCCCCCAUUUCAUCCCGCAAGAGGCCGCUGCUGGAGGAGCUCAUGGCGCCGGCCGCGCCGGCCGCACACGAGCACCAACCCAAAGUCAGCAAACCCUCCAAAGGCCCUGGGGUGCCCUUCCCGUACCCGCACCUCCCCGGGCACAGCUCCGAUCCGGGCAAUAUCCCUUUACCCCAGGCCAACAAAGCGCGGGGUACCCACGGCAAAUCGGACAAGGGUCCCACGGGGGCCAACGGGCACAACGUGAGCCAGGCCAGUGACUACCAGGAUACGGUGAACAUGCUGCACUCGCUGCUGAGCGCGCAGGGCAUGCAGCCCGCCCCGGCCCCCGCCUUCGAGUUCCACUCGUACGGGGAGCUCUUGAACCCCCGCGCGGCCGCCGGCGCCAGAGCCCCCGCCAAUACGGACAAGCCCCGACCACCCCCCCUGCCCUCAGAACCGCCCCCUCCGCUCCCCCCCCUCCCCAAGUAAAAAAGCAAGCAAAACAAAUAUCCCUUUUUACUACUGAGUUUAUACAAAAGCCCAAGCCCAAACCUGGGCUGCCCCCUCGGGGGCCUAAAAGGGCUUGUUUGAUCUCCACUGCCUCACGAAGAACUAUUUUAUUAUAUUAUAACUUUUAUUAUUGAUAUUUAGAGCGCGGAGUUGUUGAAGCUGUGAAAGGAUCAAACCCUUUCUCUGUUCCUUGCUCCCUCCCCCAGCAACUUGCAGGCAGCGCUGGGUUCUGGCCCUGCUGGAACUGAAGCCCCCUCUGGGGAACACACGGCGUGGGGGGGCUCUGGGGGGGUAUUUAAAAUAUGUCACAGAAAAUUUAAGAUGUUUUACAAAUAAUUUAAGCAUUAACUUAUA